GUUCAUCCCCUCCCGCUGCCCGCCCAGCCGCCCCCAGAGCGGCCCCGGCGCCCGGACCCAGCCGAGGCCUCUGGCUGCCGGCAGAACCCUCUCAAACUGAGCCGACUCUUUGCAGGUAUCACCUUCUUUAAUUUUUGCUUUUGUAACCGUCGGCGGUGAUCGCUUUCUCACUUCCUCCACCUCCUCCCGCUUUCGAGCUGCGCGAUUUGUUUUUAAAUGCCGACCCUGAGCGGGGGCCGCUGUCCCAGAAAAGGGGACUCGCAGCCUAACGGGGGUCCCGCCGCGGCGGUCCAGGAGGGGGGGUCAGGUGCCUCCGGAGGAGUAUGUUGUAACCAUCCUGUCCUCCUUCAGCUGCUUUUCCUUGAGUGGUCCUGAAUGAAGACAAAUGUAAAGAUGGCAUGUCCAAGGAAUUUUAAAAGGUGUAGACCUCCUGACUGAGCAGUGUUAUGUAUUUUCUUCUCUUUAAUUAGUAAACUGCUGUUCUCUCACAGGUGAAAGUCAUGAUCACGCUAACAGAACUCAAAUACUUAGCAGAUGCCCAGUCAUCCUACCACAUAUUAAAACCAUGGUGGGAUGUCUUCUGGUAUUACCUCACCAUGAUAAUGCUGCUAGUUGCUGUGCUUGCUGGGGCUCUCCAGCUUACUCAAACCAGAGUACUGUGUUGUCUUCCUUGCAAGCUAGAAUUUGACAAUCAUUGUGCCGUGUCUUGGGAUGUAGUUAAAGCCAACCUUAAUGUCUCUGCCAGCUCUACAGCACAGAUAAUCAUCCCACUUAAAAUCCAGAAUGAUCUCCAUCGGCAGCAGUAUUCCUAUAUUGAUGCAGUAUGCUAUGAGCGACAGCUUCACUGGUUUGCCAAAUUUUUUCCGUACCUGGUGCUUCUGCAUACCUUUAUUUUUGCAGCUUGCAGUAAUUUCUGGCUUUACUAUCCUAGCACAAGUUCCAGAAUUGAGCACUUUGUAGCCAUUCUUCAGAAGUGUUUUGAUUCUCCCUGGACAACGCGUGCCCUCUCGGAAACAGUUGCUGAGCAUUCUGUGAGGAAGUUGCCCAUAGACAAAUCCAAAGCAGUGAUUCCAUCACCUGGGAGUUCAGUAGAUAUAGGGGCAAGUAGACAGUCACUGCCAUAUUCACAACCUGGCUUGGAAACAACUGGAAGAGAAAAUUCCUCAAGCGUUCUUGACAAAAAGGAAGGGGAACAAGCUAAAGCUAUAUUUGAGAAAGUGAAGAAAUUCAGAGUACAUGUCGAAGAGAAGGAUGUCAUAUAUACAGUGUAUAUGAAACAGAUUAUAGUGAAAGUAAUUGUAUUUGUAAUAAUAAUAGUUUAUGUCCCCUACUAUUUAUCAUUUAUUACACUCGAAAUUGAUUGUGUGGUUAAUGUUCAAGCCUUUACAGGCUACAAAAGAUACAAGUGUGUUCAUUCACUAGCAGAAAUUUUUAAAGUUUUGGCUUCGUUUUAUGUUGUUUUAGUGAUCUUCUAUGGAUUAACUUGUACUUAUAGCUUGUGGUGGAUGUUAAGAAGUUCACUUAAGCAAUAUUCUUUUGAGAAGUUGAGAGAGAAGAGUAAUUACAGUGAUAUACCUGAUGUAAAGAACGACUUUGCAUUUAUUCUCCACUUGGCAGAUCAAUAUGAUCCUCUUUAUUCCCAACGAUUCUCAAUAUUUCUCUCUGACUUGAGUGAAAACAAACUGAAACAGAUAAAUCUCAACCAUGAAUGGUCAGUUGAAAAACUGAAAAAUAAACUAGUAAGAAAUUCACAAGACAAGAUUGAACUUCACCUGUUUAUGUUAAAUGGUCUUCCAGACAGUGUCUUUGAACUGACAGAUAUAGAAGUCUUAAGCCUGGAACUUAUUUCUGAAGCAAAACUUCCUGCAGCUGUGACCCAGCUUGUCAAUCUCAAAGAAUUCAAUGUUUAUUACUCAUCACUAUCUAUGGAUUAUGCAGCAGUCAGCUUUUUAGAAGAAAAUCUGAAAACGUUGCGCCUGAAAUCUAGUGAAAUGGGAAGAAUUCCUUUUUGGGUCUUUCAUCUAAAAAACCUACAAGAAUUGUGCUUAACAGGAUACUUCAUGCUAGAUCAUCACAACUCCAUAUACAACGAAAGCUUUCAGGGGCUAAAAAAUCUGAGAUCAAUUCACUUAAAAAGCAACCUUUCCCGCAUACCUCAAGUGGUUACAGACCUUCUGCCUUCUUUACAGCACUUGUCUAUUGACAAUGAGGGAAAUAAACUGAUAGUGCUAAAUAACUUGAAGAAGCUGGUAAACCUGAGAACUUUGGAGUUAAUCUGCUGUGACUUAGAGCGCAUUCCCCAUUCCAUUUUUACCCUGAACAAUUUGCAUGAAAUUGACUUAAAAGAAAAUAAUCUCAGAACAGUGGAAGAAAUAAUUAGUUUUCAACAUCUUAAGAACCUUUCUUGCUUAAAAUUGUGGCACAACAGUAUUUCAUAUGUCCCAGUGCAGAUUGGUGCAUUAUCAAACCUGGAACAAUUGUAUCUAAAUUAUAAUAAUAUAAAAAAUGUUCCAUUGCAGCUAUUUCUUUGUAAAAAAUUACAGUAUUUGGAUCUUAGCUAUAAUAAGCUAACAUCCGUCCCUGAAGAAAUCGGUUUUCUGACCAAUCUGCAGUACUUGGCUUUGACAAAAAACCAUAUUGAAAUGCUGCCUGAUGGAUUAUUUCAGUGUAAAAAGCUUCAAAUCCUUCUUCUGGGAAAUAACAGUCUGAUGAAUUUGUCCCCUUGUGUGGGUCAGCUACAGAAUCUUGUUCAAUUAGAGCUCAUUGGAAACUAUUUUGAAUCACUUCCUGCUGAACUGGAAGAAUGUCAAUUCUUAAAGAGGAAUAAUCUAAUUGUAGAAGAAAGGUUGUUAAAGACACUUCCACCUCCUGUAAGAGAGCGCUUGCAGACAUGCUCAGAUAAGUGCUAAAUUUUUAAAAUGAAACUGCAUUGCUGCAUUCUAAAAGCCUUUUGCUUAAUAUCUCUCUAAAGAUUUGUUUAGGUGAAGAGAAGUAGAGAGAUAACAGUUUACAAAUCAGUCUUAAAUACAUCUAACUGAGUUGAUUGUAUUGGAAAAGAAAAAAAUAUUUAGCAUUGGACAAAAAACAUAGCCUUUAGCAAGUAAUCAUAUGUUUGAAAAAUAUGAAAUAUGAAUUGUUUGUUGGAUUCUACUGGUUAAAAUAAUUCAGCUAAAUGUUUAUUACAGUAUUGAAAUGGAUGACUUGAUUGAUUGCCUGUCUAUAGUGAUAUAGUGUAUAUACUUUUUUUCCUAUGAGAAUUUUUUCUGUUGGUAGUGAUAAUGUUAAACAGUUUCAUCUCCUGCCAUAUGAGGUCUAAGAACUGUCUGGAAAUAGUUUCUAAAUAUGAAGUCUUCACUUACUUAUAAAAAUAUGUUAAAUUAAGAGUAAUUUGAGCUGUUCAAUUGCAUGGAGUAUACUGAAAGUAGUUUUUCAAUAUACCUUAAUUUUUAAAGCAUUUGACAAGUACUGAGCAUUAAUUCUAUAAUUGUGGAAGAUGCCAUUUGAAUCUUGCUAUUAAAACCAGUUGGACAAUAAUACCUGAAACCAGUUUCAGUAUUGUCUUUAAAAUAGUAAAUAUAAAAUGCAUUGUUACCUAGAAAUUUGGAGGAAUCAGAAGAAUCUGAAGUAACUGUUGUGCACACAUACUGGACAGCAGUACUGAUCUUCAUAGGUAUCGGUGGCAAGCAGAACAUAAUACACUUACAAAAUUGUCUUGUGUAUGCUGUAAGCAUCCCAAGUAUUAGUGUAGUGUGUGUUGCUAUUUAAUAUUUUUAUAACUUCUCAUCCUGACUGCCUCAGUGCUUCUUCUCCACGCCCAGUUACUGUAUUUUGGCUGGGAAGAGGAUGAAGGAGGUUUCUAUUAGGUAGGGACAGCAAGACAUUGUUAAAACAAACCAAAUAAUCACACAGCUUAUAAGCACUUGGGAGGGAAAGCAAGGGAACAUUAUAAGCUUUAUCUCUUCUAGGGAUGUUAUAAUUUCGUAAAUUAUAGUGAUGGGAUGAGCUCUUUUGCCAUCCUUAAUACAUGCAAAACUGGAUGAAAAUAAAAUGGAUCCUGAUUUCAUUCUUCCGUGGUGCUCUGUUUUUUUGUAUUUAAAGUCUUAACUCAUGUUUUUAGUGAAUGUGAUAAACAAUAUAAGUUUUCCUCCUGGAAAAAAAACCCCCAUGCUUUCCAAAAACAUAUUUGAAAACUUAAUGUAUUAGUUUUCAAAACUAAUCUCAAUUAGGGCUUAAGUAGGUAACAAACUGUGUUCUUAAUGAUUUUGUGUUCAUCAUGUGUGCUAACUCUGCAUUCAAAUUUAUAAUAACAAAUAAUUACAGAUAAGCCAGUUUUAGAAUUAGCCUUUUAGUCAUCUCUUGCUCCCUUUCCAGUGCCACUUCUGUGAAGAGUAAGGUUUAUUUUGAAUGAAAAUGACAAAGCCAAGUCUGAUCAACAUGGAAGUAGGGGAUAUCUUGACAGUAGCAGUGCAAGAGGUGUGUGUUGAUUCACUGUACUGAUGGCAUUCCAUAGACCUUUCUGGUUAGAAUACUUUUCUCAGGGAACCAAGAAGGGGUAAAACUUUUACUUUUUACGUAAUUUUAACAAUGUUUAGUGUAAACUGAUUAGCUGUUUAUGUGCAGACCAGUGCUGCCACAACAGUCUUUCAUAGUGUCUGUAUAUAGCUCUUCUGAACUCUGCUUGCAAUUGGUUUUGAGUUGUGUAAUAGUUCCAUAGGAAUCACCAUGGUUCACAGACAGAGUUACUUGUGGUCAACGUGAUUAAACCAGAGUGCAUUGAUUUGCACCCUGUGGCAAGUGUCUUGUUAAUAAUUGCAAUAGGUCUGUGAGGACUUUAACUUAACAUUGAAGAAGACUUCAUGCCAGAAUUUGACAUGCAAGACUUGCAGUCUAGAAAUUUUUAAAAGAUGAAGCAAGCAUUUUCUUUUAAGCUUUUUUCUAAAUUGGAAAGCAGUAUUGAAAAAGCUAAACAAGCAAGUAACUGCCUUGGAAAAUAACUUCAGCUUUUUAGCUGUGCAUCUGUCCUUUUCUAUAAUCAACAAAACUGAUGAAGGCAAACAAUUAUCUCAAAUGUGCAUUUUAUGGUAGUUCUGUAAGAGCUGAGUAACAGAAAUAACUUGGAGAAACUUAAAUUUCUAAAAUGUGUAACCUCAAAGUAUUUGAGAAAGCACUAAGAAAUGCACAAGGAUAUAAAUACUGUUUUGUAGGCUAAAUGGAUUCUUUUUUUUUUUUCAGACUUCAAUAUUUUUUCAUUCUGCACCCUGUCAAGAGGGUUGGAUUUUUUUCAUUGCAUGUUUGAUAAAACACCCAGACAAAACUCAGAAAGUUUAAAGGCUAGAAUCUCUAGCUUUGCUUUCAAACCACAGUGUGCCUUUAUCUAUUUUCUACCAUGAAACUCAAUCCUAGUGCUUAGAAUUGAGGGUGGAGACAAAUAUAAUUCUGAAUUUCUUGAAUUCACUUCAGCCAUGACCUUAAUAUUAAGUAUUUCUUUAAAAUGAGGGUAUUUUCAGGGAAUCUAUAUGAAUCCACUGUCAAACUUUGUACAAUAAGUAUUGUUGGCAUCUAGUCUUUGUAUUAAAUGUUCACUUCCAAUCAAAAAAGGCUUUUUAACAUGCUUCAGUGUUGUACUGUGUUUAAGAACUUUGUAUUGUGACUUUCCGUAUCGUGAACAUUUUUAUGAAAAUUAAAUUUUUUUUGCAUCA